UCUUUGGCGUUCCAAUUAUACCAUUUUUUUUUCGUACCCUGUGAAUCGAAGUUUUUUCUCCGAUCAAACACUAGGCAUGCUGGAACUGCACAAAUUCUUCAUCAAUCAGCUAAGUCAAGUAUUUCGUCUCUCCCUUACCCAUUGGCCGAUUGGAUUUCGCCGCCACACAAAACUGUAAUUUCAUCAUACAAACCUCUGAAUACAACACUACAUAUAGGUCAAAGUCAUUCUUUGGCGGUGGGCCCCCCACUCGAAACCGUUCGGGUUGUCCCCGUAGUUUACUCACUUAAUUCCCUCGUCAAACAAAAUCAAUCUUCGGUAAUUCCUAAGAAGGAAAAAAGAGUAUCUCAUCGAAGAAAGGGGAGACACAGAGUAAAGUCGAUCGUUGCGGAUUCCCCUCCAUCUCCACCUCAUAUAGUUCGAAAGAUUCCGAUCCGAGUGAAGAAAUACUUAUGGUCGUUGAAACCAGAUGAGGCUCUUGCAUUUAUUAAAAGAGAUAUCGAGAAUGCCUCGCUGGCGGAGGAUGAUGAUGCGGAACUGUACGCUCCUCUGUUUCGGAAUUUCUCCACUUUCAAGAGGAGCUAUGAAUGGAUGGAGCAGAUGCUGAAAGUGUACAUAUACGAAGAUGGAGAAAGUCCGAUUUUCCACGAGCCUCAUCUGUUUGGAAUAUAUGCAUCGGAAGGGUGGUUUAUGAAGUUGAUGGAAGAAAACAAGCAAUUCGUGACAAAGGACCCAGAAAAGGCUCACUUGUUCUAUCUUCCGUACAGUGCACGUCAGUUGCAAAUGGCGGUUUACGUUCCCAAUUCACAUAAUCUGAGGCCACUGUCCGUCUUUCUGCACGGCUACGUCAAUAUGCUCGCUGCAAAGUAUCCGUUCUGGAACCGUACUCAUGGGUCCGACCAUUUUCUUGUUGCUUGCCAUGAUUGGGGACCUUACACACUAAAGGGGCACAACGAACUCUCGAGAAACACGAUAAAAGUUCUGUGCAAUGCCGACGUUUCCGAGGGAGUUUUCGUCGCUGGGAAAGACGUUUCUCUCCCAGAAACAACCAUACGAAACCCUAAAAGACCUAUUAAAAAUCUCGGCGGAAACAGAGUCUCGCAGCGCCCGAUUCUCGCGUUCUUUGCCGGCAACCGGCACGGUAGGGUCCGCCCGGUGCUCCUCAAGCACUGGAGCGACAAAGACGAUGACAUGAGAAUUUACGGCCCUUUACCAAACAGAGCAUCCAGAUUACUGUCUUACCCUCAGCACAUGAAAUCCAGCAAGUACUGCAUUUGUCCGAUGGGGUUCGAAGUCAACAGUCCGAGAAUUGUCGAGGCUAUAUAUAACGAAUGCGUCCCAGUUAUUAUUGCGGACAAUUUUGUCCCUCCGCUGAACGAAGUUCUCAAUUGGGAUGAAUUUUCGGUGGUUGUGGCCGAAAAGGAUAUUCCCAACUUAAAGGAGAUUCUCUUAGCGAUCCCUUUGAAGAGAUACAUUGUCAUGCAAACGAAUGUGAAGAAGCUGCAGAGGCAUUUUCUUUGGAAUGCGAAACCUGUGCCGUACGAUCUGUUUCAUAUGAUUCUGCAUUCGAUAUGGUCGAGUAGGCUCAACCAGAUUCAGAUUUGAUUUUGGUUUUCGAUUUCGAUUAACUAUUCCAAUCUUUCAAGAUUGGCCCGACGAAAUUGUUCCACUAAAUUAUGCCAUUUUUAUAGUGAAGAGAAGAGAAAAGAAAAAAUCAUACGUUUUUUCGUCUGUGCCCGAAGAAGCAACUACGUAUUGUCAAUUUCGGAAAUUGUUUAGUUGGAUAUAGUGUGAAUAGUUUGUGAUUAUUAGCAUAAGUUAUGUAUUUUAUAUAUACACAUUGUGUGGUGCUGGAGGUAAAGUCCUUUUCGUCAUGAUUUUGCUUCCCCAAAUUCUGUUUGCGUACAUAGUUAGAGUAUUUAGAUGUAUAUUUCUUUUCAAUUUUUUUUUUUUUUUUGUAAAUCAAAGAGUGUAAAAGAAGUUGUAAGAUGUGAUAAUUUGCAAUUGUUUUGUCUAUGUUGAGAGUUGAGACAAUGGUGGUCUCAGUUUAAUUC